AUGAUUUCUAUAUUUUUCAAGAGUUUGUUGUUGAUUCUGGGCUCUGUUGGAGGCAUCCUAGCAUUUGGAAUGGGAAUCAUCAAAGCAAUAGACUACAUCGAGGACAAAGCAUAUGCAGCAAAGAAAUACAUAGCAACAAUAGUGCAGAUCAGCAUGGGAUUGCAUCUUGUUUUUUUGCUGAGAGGCGUGUCUAUAUUCCAUGUUUUGUUUAGCUUGUCUAUACAAUACUCGUUCUACUGCUUACUCGAGUUGUACCCUCUUGUAAAGAUGGACAACCCAUACUUUAUAUAUGGAACAAUAGCAUCGCUGAUCAAUCACUUCCUUGUGAUACGCAUGGUUUUCUCUAAGUCCAAAGUGUUUGGGCUUGAGAUCAUAUUUAGCUUUGCAUUGAUAUGGGUAACGCCGUUCUGCUUCUUCCUGAGCCUCAGUGCAAAUGACGAGGCAUUGAUGAUCAAGGGAAAAAAGGCGUCUCCAACAAUAAUCGGAAAUGUCCUGAAGAAGUAUCUAUUUAAAGAAAACAAGUAG